AUGGUUGCAAAUCGUGGAGAAAUUGCAAUUCGUGUAUUUCGUGCAUUGACAGAAUUGAACAAAACAUCAGUUGCUAUUUUUGCCGAACAAGUAAGAAGGAUUCUAGAACUUCUAACAUAAAUUCAUAUAUUAAUUAUUACAGGACAAAAAUUCAAUGCAUCGUUUGAAAGCUGAUGAAGCAUAUUUGGUUGGAAAAGGAUUGCCACCAGUUGCAGCUUAUUUGACAAUUGAUCAAAUUAUCGAAACAGCUCUCAAGCAUAAUAUUGAUGCAAUUCAUCCGGGUUAUGGUUUCCUUUCGGAACGUUCUGAUUUUGCUGCCGCUUGUGAAAAUGCUGGUAUCAAAUUCAUUGGUCCAUCACCUGAUGUUAUGGCAAGAAUGGGAGACAAAGUUGCUGCGAGACAAGCUGCGAUUGAAGCUGGUGUUCAAGUUGUUCCUGGAACACCUGGACCAAUUCAUAGUGCACAAGAAGCUGUUGAAUUCGCCAAACAAUAUGGGGCACCAAUUAUUUUGAAAGCUGCUUUUGGUGGUGGUGGACGUGGAAUUCGUAGAGUUGAUAAAUUAGAAGAUGUUGAAGAAGCAUUCAAAAGAUCAUUUUCUGAAGCACAAGCUGCAUUUGGUGAUGGAAGUUUGUUUGUUGAAAAGUUUGUUGAGAGACCAAGACAUAUCGAAGUUCAAUUACUCGGAGAUCAUCAUGGAAAUAUUGUACAUUUAUAUGAAAGAGAUUGUUCGGUUCAAAGAAGACAUCAAAAAGUUGUUGAAAUUGCUCCAGCUCCAGCUCUUCCAGAAGGUGUUCGUGAAAAGAUUUUGGCUGAUGCUUUAAGAUUGGCAAGACAUGUUGGUUAUCAAAAUGCUGGAACUGUUGAAUUCUUGGUUGAUCAAAAAGGAAAUUAUUAUUUCAUUGAAGUCAAUGCUCGUCUUCAAGUUGAGCAUACUGUAACUGAAGAAAUUACUGGGUAAGUUUGAAGAUAAAGCUUGAAUAAAUGUGAAUAUAAAAAAAGAAUUAUUUUUACAGUGUUGAUCUUGUUCAAGCUCAAAUCCGUAUCGCUGAAGGAAAAUCUCUCGAUGAUCUAAAACUUCAUCAAGAUACAAUUCAGCCACAUGGAUCUGCAAUUCAAUGUCGUGUCACAACAGAAGAUCCAGCAAAAGGUUUCCAACCAGAUUCCGGAAGAAUUGAAGUAUUCAGAAGUGGAGAAGGUAUGGGAAUUCGUUUGGAUUCGGCUUCUGCAUUUGCUGGAAGUGUUAUCUCGCCACAUUAUGAUUCUUUGAUGGUCAAAGUUAUUGCAUCGGCAAGAAAUCAUCCAAAUGCAGCUGCGAAAAUGAUUCGAGCUCUCAAAGAAUUCAGAAUUCGUGGAGUGAAAACGAAUAUUCCAUUUUUGUUGAAUGUUUUGAAUCAACCAAAAUUCUUGGAUGCUUCUGUGGACACUUAUUUUAUUGAUGAACAUCCAGAAUUAUUCCAAUUCAAACCAAGUCAAAAUCGCGCUCAAAAAUUGUUGAAUUAUUUGGGAGAAGUGAAAGUGAAUGGAGCAACAACACCACUUGCAACUGAUUUGAAACCAGCAAAUAUCAAAGCACCAAUUCCAUAUGUACCAGCUGGAGCAAAACCACCACCAGGACUCAGAGAUGUUUUUAUCAAAGAUGGACCAGCUGCAUUUGCGAAAAAAGUUCGAGAACAUCCGGGAUGUAUGAUCACCGAUACUACUUUCAGGUUUGUGUUUUGAAAAAAUGAUUCAAAUUAUAUGAUGCACAUAGAAAAAAAUAGAACAUUUUUCUUUUUCACGCGAAAUUGCGGACUCAUUGUUCUGACCGCGUGAAGACACACGACUCCGCCCCUUUUUUUGCAAUUUGCGGCGCACUCUCAAAAUUUCAAUGGAAAAAAGAACGAAAUUUCUUUGACACGUGGAAAAACGUGAAAACGACAUUUUUUUUCGAGUCUGCAAACACCGGACAGCAGCAACAAUUGUUCUGUUUUUUUCUAUGUGUGAUGCGAUAAAAAACGUUUUAUCAAAUUUCUAAAAAUAAACAUCACUGAUCUAUUGAAAAUGAACUUUUUUUCAAAAAAUGAUUCCGAAAUGUUUAUUUUUAGAAGUGUAAUGAACUGAUAAAACAACGCCCAGAGUUUUCAAUUUUAGGAUAUGCGGAAUUAAAAAUUUGUCAGUUUACGUUUUUGGAAAAACAAAUGAGAAUUAUUUCAGAGAUGCUCAUCAAUCUCUUCUCGCAACUCGUGUUCGAACAUUUGAUAUGGCUGCAAUUUCUCCAUACGUCUCGCAAUCUUUCUCAAAUCUUUUCUCACUUGAAAAUUGGGGUGGAGCCACUUUUGAUGUUUCAAUGAGAUUCCUUCACGAAUGUCCAUGGGAACGUCUUCGUUUACUUCGCGAACUUAUUCCAAAUAUUCCAUUCCAAUGUCUUUUGAGGGGAGCAAACGCAAUGGGUUAUAGUAAUUAUCCGGAUAAUGUGAUUUACAAGUGAGUUGUUUAUUUGUUUAAGGAUUCUAAGUUAUCUUUAAAAAAAUUCAGAUUCUGUGAUCUUGCUGUGAAAAAUGGUAUGGAUGUAUUCCGUGUUUUCGAUUCUUUGAAUUAUUUGCCAAACUUGCUUGUUGGAAUGGAAGCUGUUGGAAAAGCUGGUGGUGUUGUUGAGGCAGCAAUUGCUUAUACUGGAGAUGUAUCAGAUAAAUCAAGAGAUAAAUAUGAUUUGAAAUAUUAUCUCGAUUUGGCUGAUCAAUUAGUCAAAGCUCAAGCUCAUAUUCUUUCCAUCAAAGAUAUGGCUGGAGUUUUGAAACCAGAAGCUGCAAAAUUAUUGAUUGGAGCAUUGAGAGACAAGUUCCCUGAUAUUCCAAUCCAUGUUCAUACACACGAUACAUCUGGAGCUGGAGUUGCAGCGAUGUUGGAAUGUGCUCGAGCUGGAGCUGAUGUUGUUGAUGCAGCUGUUGAUAGUAUGUCUGGAAUGACGUCACAACCAUCAAUGGGAGCAAUUGUUGCUAGUUUGCAAGGAACACCAUUGGAUACUGGAUUGAGUUUGGAUGAAAUUUCAAAAUAUUCGGCAUAUUGGGAAUCUGCUAGACAAUUCUAUGCUCCAUUUGAAUGUGCAACAACAAUGAAGAGUGGAAAUGCUGAUGUUUAUAAGCAUGAAAUUCCAGGUGGACAAUACACCAACUUGCAAUUCCAAGUGAGUUUUUUGAAAUAUUUUUUCGUAACUUGUUAUGUAUAUUAUUUCUAGGCCUUCUCUCUUGGUCUUGGAAAUCAAUUCGAUGAUGUCAAACGUAUGUAUCGCGAAGCAAAUCUUGCUCUCGGAGAUAUUAUCAAAGUUACUCCAUCAUCCAAAAUUGUCGGAGAUUUGGCUCAAUUUAUGGUUCAAAAUAAAUUGACACGCGAAACACUUGUUGAUCGCGCUGAAGAUUUAUCAUUCCCAAAAAGUGUUGUUGAUUUCAUGCAAGGAAAUGUUGGACAACCACCAUAUGGAUUCCCAGAACCAUUGAGAACCAAAGUUUUGAGAGGAAAACCAAAAACUGAUGGAAGACCAGGUGAAAAUGCGAAACCAAUUGAUUUGGAUGCGGCAAAGAAGGAUCUUGAAGAGAAACAUGGUAGAAAAUUGACGUGAGUUUUUUUUUUGCGUAAUUCUGGUGCAGGCGUAUCUCAAAAAAUCAAUCGAAUCAACCAAAAAAUGUAUUAAUUUUUUAGUGAAGAAGAUGUUAUGUCUUAUACAAUGUUCCCACAAGUUUUCGACGAUUUCGAGAAUUUCCGACAACAAUACGGACCAGUUGACAAAUUGCCAACUCGUGUAUUUUUGACUGGAUUGGAUGUUGCUGAAGAACUUGAUGUAAGUUUCUGUAGAUUUUUUUUUGUUUCGGAAACAAAUUUGAAAAAAAAAAUUUCGCUUUUUUGUCUUUAUAAAGGCACAGCCCCUAGUUGAAAUUCUUCAAAAAUCGAAUAUCUAAAAAAACUGAAUUUCAUCGAGAAAUUUGCUAUUAUUUUUUUUAAAUAUUGAGAUGCCUUGAAGUAAUUGAUCGAAAUCUUGAUUUCACAUGGUUUUCCAAACCAGAGAAUCAUUUUUCCAGGUUGAAAUCGAAAGCGGAAAAACUUUGGCAAUCCAACUUUUGGCCGAAGGAAAAUUGAACAGCCGUGGAGAAAGAGAAGUCUUCUUCGAUCUCAAUGGACAAAUGAGAAGUAUCUUUGUUUUGGACAAAGAAGCUUCGAAAGAAAUUGUGACUCGACCAAGAGCUCUUCCUGGAGUCAAAGGACAUAUCGGAGCACCAAUGCCAGGAGAUAUUCUUGAAUUGAAAAUCAAGGAAGGAGAUAAGGUUUGUUGUCUAAUAAUUGAUUUUUGAAGUCAUUAUUUGGUAAUUUUCAGAUUGCACAAAAACAAGCAUUGUUUGUUUUGUCUGCAAUGAAAAUGGAGAUGGUUAUUGAUGCACCAAUUGCUGGAACUGUCAAGAAAAUUCACGUAACUCAAGGAACCAAAUGUACUGCAGGUGAUCUUGUCGUUGAAAUUGAGCCAUAA